CGGUUCCGCGCCGUGAGCGGGGCGCCCCUGGCGCUGCGGCGCCGCCACCACAGCGCCUCCUGCCGGGAGCUGGCGGUGCGCGCGCCGCGCCUGCAGCUGCGCGCGCUCAGCACGCUCACCUCCGCCGUGUGGCUCGCGGCCUACGGGCUCUUCGUGCUCUGCGAGAACAGCAUGGUGCUUUCUGCUGCCAUCUUCAUCACGCUGAUCGGCCUCAUCGUGUAUCUGCACUUCGUGAAGGUUGACCAGGAGUCUCUGCUCAUCAUCGGCUCCCUGGGCAUUCAGGUGACUUCGUCCUACGCCUCAGGCAAGGAGAGCACAACCUUCAUCGAGAUGAGUCAGGUGAAGGAUGUAGUCAUCAACGAAGCCAUCCACAUGCAAAAAAUUAUCUACUACCUGUGCAUCCUUAUCCGGGACCCUCAGGAUCCUCAGGGAGUGUCUGAGGUUGUGCCACUCUUUCAGAGUUCCAAGCCACGUCUGGACUGCUUGAUCGAAGUGUACAAAAGCUGCCAAGAAAUCCUGCAGCAGCGGGAGACGGCUCCACAGUCAAGUGAAAUAAAAUAAAAAAGAAGAUAGAAAACGUGCAGCAGAAUUUGGAGACACGUGUAGAAAACGAAGCAAAGCUGACCUGUGGUGUUUGCUUUUAAAUUAAUGAGAAGGAUGCAGCGCUGCAGCAGAAUGAUGUUAAGGCUGAAGGCCUGCACAGACUCAGAGCUGAUAAUGAAAAUGUCAUCUCGAGCGCACGGUCGCCCCUUGCUCUUAGAUAUCACAGAAUGGAUUGCUGGGAAGACAAGUGAGUAGAACUUUUUAAACAGAAAAAGCCUUUCCAGAAAAGGCCUCUCCAAGCAAGAAUUAAGGGAGGGGUCCUAAACAUGCAUUGAAUGGGUGUUUUUUAGUGAGUCUGAGAACUCCGAUAAAUAACACAAUGUAACCUUGAGCAGCCUGCCAAAAAUGUGCAGUUUUAUGAGUUUCUUCUUAACCUUUUGUUUGAAAAGAAGAAUAUACUACUCUAGAAGAUGCAAGCUGAGGGAAGGCCUAGGGUGGUAGCUUCCUCUGAUUAACAGGGGGAUUUCAGAAAGAAAUCAACAGAAAACCAAAUCAAGCUGUAGCAUUCAAUUACAUUUGCUAAAACAUCUAUUGUUCAUUAAUUGCCCAAGGCCUGUGAGUACCUGUGUUGUUUAAGAUGGUGACAAUGACUGUAUGAAUAAAAC